AUGAUGGAGCACUUUGGCUACGGGACCAAGUCUCAGCACAAUGAGUUCAGCAAUGGCAGCCCAGACUUCAUCAGAGCCAACAGCACGUCCAGGCCCAGCAGCAAAGCCAUUUACCGCCAGCGCAAGGAUUACACCCUCUCCACGCUGAAGCAGCAAAGCGACUUCCAGCACCGCGUGGAGCACCUGCUCACUGUCCACGUGGACUCCAAGGACAUCCGUGGCGUGGACGACUGUGUGGCACGGCUGAAGAUGAUGGAUGCGCAGGGACGGGUCUGGGGACAGGACAUGAUCCUGCAAGUGAGGGGCCAUGAGCUGCUGUUGAACGACAUCGAGACCAAGGAGGAGCUGGAGAGCUACCCCCUGGAGAGCGUCCAGGAGUGCGCUGCCGUCCUCAACCGCUGUGUCUACAAUUCCCUCCUGGCCGUCACCGUGAGGGAGCAGAGCCAGCACGGGAGCAGCAUCCUUCUCUUCCAGUGCGAGCAGCUGGGGGCAGAGCUGAUGAAAGCCAACCUGGAGAAGGCCGUCAAGGAGUGGAAAGGGGAACGGGAGAGUCAGGACGUGCUCAGGAGCAGUUUGGAGACCAUGCUGUCCCAGCACAGCCGAGGGUCCUUCCACAGCAACCCCCCACGUACCAGCCAGGAUAGAUGGGCUGGACCGCCAGAGCCAGACCCCUUUAUUCCACCCGCACCACGAGCAUGGCAAAGCCAAGACCAGGUGCCCCGGAAUCCCCCAGUCUCCAUGGAUUAUGCGCCUGACCAGCCGCGGCCCCCAAAGCUGAGAGACAAGUGGACGGAUCCCAGCUUGGAGGCGACGCAGGACUUCGACAAAGACACUGAAAUCCUGAACCACGUGCUGAGUGACAUCGAGCUCUUCGUGGGGAAGCUGAAGGAGACGAGCGGCUCGCUGAGCAGCAAGAAGAAGUCGAAGAAAAAGGACAAGGAGAGAGGAGUGCUGCCCCCUGAGUCUGAGUAUGAGACCUGCUUGCAGAAGAUCAAAUACGCCUUAAACCUGCUGGGAAAGCUGAAACCUAAGCUGCAGCAGCAGCCCAGUGCCCCGGAACUGCUUCGAAUCAUCUUCUCCAUCCUCUCCUUCAUUUUAUCCACCUGUCCCUGGCCAAGCCUGGCUUCUUCCAUUGUUUCCCCUCUGCUGACUGAGGCAGCCAUCGACCUGCUGGACGAGUCUUUGGAGAAAAAGGAUCGUGACACCUGGAAGAGUCUGGGCAAGGCUUGGCACACAACGAGGACAGAGUACCCAGGCGGACAGUUCAUCCCUCCCUACAUCCCCAUCUUCUCAGAUGGGUGGGUGCCCCCCCUGCCGACCCAGAGGGAGAACGCCACUCACGUGGAGGGGCAGCCCCUGGGAAGCCAGAACCACGCCGCGUCCAGAGCUCCUUCUAGUCCUCCUCAGCGCAUGCAAGCCAUGUAUGAAUUCCAGGCCAGGAACAACAAGGAGCUGACUGUCGUGAAAGGGGAACUGCUGGAGAUUCUAGACCAGAGGAAGAAGUGGUGGCUUGCUAGAAACAGUGCCGGCGAGAGGGGCUAUAUCCCGAACAACAUCGUGGGACCAGUGGAUCAGGAGCCUGUGGAGAACAGCAUGAACCAAGCGCCAAGCAGCUCCCCUGGUCUCCAGCAGCACUCCACGCCGGCGGAGGUGACGGCCUGGCUGCGGGACAUGGGCUUCUCCAAGAUCACGGUGAAGUGCCUUGGCGUGCUCAAUGGCAACCAGCUGCUGGGGAUGAGCCAGGAGGAGAUGAAAACUGUCUGCCCAGAAGAGGGGAGACGUGUCUUCUUCAAGCUCUCUGCUGUUAAAUCGUCCCUGGGGAUUGGCCCUCACGAUUAG